GGAAAGUAUAACCAAAUGACUUGCUUUGUUGGAUAGACCAUAUAAUAGCUGCCUUUGAUAAAUAUAAAUACUUUUACUUCAAGAUUGAAUUCGUUGGAUUUUGAUUAGCACUAUGAAGUUGAUUAUCCGCCUGAUUUUUCAGUUCUCCAAUUUUCCAAAUCCUUUAAUUCGUCUUCUUCUCGAACCUUGUACAUAAACCUUCCUAUAUAACCUAUUCAUUAUAAUUCUUAUAUGUAUAUAUUCACCACGUAGUUUACUAAUAGGCAAAGUUAACACUUAGACUCACAUAUUUAUUUCAAACAAUCACAGCAAAAUGGCAGGCAGACAUCAAUCCCAGUAUGCGCGUUAUACGACAGCUCCUUCUAAUCAGUCAUACCCAAGCACCGGAGGAAGCAGUAACAAUCUGACUGUUCCUUUCCAAACGCAAAGUACAAAUACACCCUAUCAUAAUCAAACAUCUCCAUACCAUAAUCAGCCAUCUGCACAUUCACCUUUUACAAAUACAACCUCACCAAGUUAUCAUCAACAUAAUCAUUCCUCGAAUGCACCUCAUGCGAAGUAUAAUAGCAAUAACGCUACUGCACACUUAAGGAAAUAUACUCUCCAGCCUCCUUUCAGAAAAUUGCCUCUGAGUAAAACAAUGCCUGCAUUAGGCUAUCCAGAUAUGUUUCCACAACGUCCUGGACAGGUAGAAGACAUCUUAACAGAAGCAAAUGUCCGACACGGUUUUAUAGACAAGGCUAUAGUAUCAAACGAACAUACAUGCGCUCAUGAUAUUGUUUACGGAAAAUUGCAGGAUGAUCAUAAACUACUUGACGAACUAGGGAGUUUCAUGGUAAACGUUUUACAGCGGCAAAGUAAAGCUGGCUAUAUCACAGGACCUUCCUCAUUUAAACCACCCGCUAGAACAACAUUGAUCGAUUCUAAAAGAGAGCAAUGGAUGCAAGAGUUAGCAAGUGGCAUAACGCCUCUUAGGAAACUAGCGCGCAAUGUACCUCACGGUUUUAAAGGAGAAAAGCUGCUGGAAACAUUGGCAGCAAAGCAGGUACCAUUUUCACGAGCUACAUGGUAUAUAAAAUUAGUUGGUUUAUCUGAGAUGAGUCAACGUAAUGCUAGCAAUGCAGCGAGCUCGUUAGGCCCCCAACCUAUCCAGUGGACUUUGACAGUAACUACCCACCUUAAGAAACAAUUAAAUGACCUAUUACCUCCACAAUCCCAACCUGCAAGUACAGCACCUAGCCCUCAUUCCAAUUCAAGCAAUUUGGGGCGUGGCAAUGCUUACAGCAAGAAUCAUCAUGAACAUGAUAAUCGAACAAAAGUGUGGACAACACCUGAAAAUCGAACUCGAUUUGAACAAAGAUGGUCAUAUAGCGUGAAACUUACCCGCUGGCAGUACUUUGAAGGGUUAUUAGACCAACGUACCUUCUUGAAAUGGUCAUUAGAUAGCUUAGCAGCGAGCAGUACGCAUGAAAUCAUGUGGCUAAUUUUGACAGGCAUUAUACGGGAUUACGUUGAUGAGUAUAAACGAAAUAGGACUCUAACAAAACUGCUGAUAGAGGCUCUAAUCAAGUCUUACAGCGCGCUUAUGCAAACAAUGAAUCACAACGAAUCCAUAACUAGUGAAACAAAAAUGAAAUCCAGGCUAAAAAGAGAUAUAGAAACCCUACUGCAAUCACUAUUCGUAUCGACGCCAGAUAUGUUUGUGAUACCCAGAUUAUAUCAACAACAUAGAAAGUUGUUUGACAAAUUAUUAGGGCAAGAAGCCGGUAUGAAACUUUAUACAAUAUUGCCUGAUGUUUGUCGUGUAAUGAGAGAGUAUUGGCUAAUGGUGAAAGCAAGAAACGAAGUAUUUUGCGAGAACCUAGGAGGAGAAAUUCAAUGCCAAUCAAAGCGUACUUUGCAGGAAAUCAAAUUACAAAAGUUAGGAGCAGAAGCCGCAGAUAAACCUAUAUCUUCUGAUUCCGAAUUGGGCGCAUUGCCUCUUGAGGAAAAAACCAUUUAUGUUCUUGAUGUCAUUGCGCACGAUAUUGAUAGCCUAAUAGGGUUACGGAUUGAUGGCUCAGAUAGCUGGAUAGUUACUUCAGGAUAUUCACUUAUUACAGCUACAAAAUUGAUCUUCGGCAAUAGAACAACGCGAUUACAAAGCCAGACUAUAAACAAAAUUGUCAGUGUCAUGUGUCGAUGGGCAACAAAAGAGUCAAAGUACAAUGAUUGGAAAGUUUAUCUUAUUACUUCGAUCUUAAUCCAUUGGAGGGAUGCAUCGCAGAGUAGAUGUAUUAAAGAUAUGUUGCAAAACGCUUUUAUUCAAUUUUUAGAUGAUGACACUGUUGCAAGAAGUGAAUCUGUCGCGGAAGACGGCUUUUCAGGGGAGGCAAAGAAUGCACCUAUUUUGUUCUUAUAUGAUGUUCUUACUAGAUCACAGUUAUUUUCAUACCAAAAGUAUCUAUUGAGACUUAUUGCCAGAGGAGAUUUGGAGCCAAAGCACCGUAAGGAUCCACGGAUACAGCAAUGCAUUCAAUAUCUAUCAACGUUACCUAUUCAAAGCCCUGCACCACCUUAUGUCAUCAAUCAACGAAGGGUGGCACUUUACGGGACUAAGAAUGAUAUUAUAGAUACUGCGGAAACUAAAACUCUCAAUGACCUAAAACGCCUCACAAUCUUAGCCAUUACAGGACAGGAGCCCAAUGAUGUGGGUUAUUUGUUCGGUUCUGAUGCUAAGGAAAUGACUCAUCCCACUCCAACCGAUACUGCACAAUCGUAUUAUCUGUCUUUUAACGAUGAUGUUAUGCAGCAAAUUGAACUUAACUUAUCGUGUGCAUCGCGAUACAUGAUAUUGCAAUUUAUAAGUGACUGGUUGCUUGCAAAUGUCAAAAAAUUUGUGGUGAAGAAUGUUCAAAUUGGUGAGGAUAACUGGAGAGUGAUGACUUCACCCGGCUCUAGUCUUUUAAAUACCAGGCAAUUUGUCACUAUCGUUCGAAUUUUAGAGUAUGCUCAAGAUUAUUCAAGCAUCAUUGAUUUCGCUUUGUGGACUUUGGAGAAAACGAACGAUUCAACUUUAUACCCUUAUAUACUUGAUUGCUUCCGUACAUACUCUGUUUAUUGGAAAUUAAUGUUGAAUGGACGUAAAAUUGCAAAUGCCGUUUGGCAGAAGCAUUCUAGUCUUGCCACAAGAAAUAUGCAGGAACGUAGUAUUAUGAUGUAUAUCAUCCAAUUAAUUCAGGAAGGCUAUACAAUGGAAGAAAAUGCGACUUUACAAUUAAAGCAAGAUCUACAAAUAAAAGCUCCUAAGAGAGGACGUUAUAAUACCAAUAUCUCCAUCAGAGAGGAAAUACUUCAGUUAUCGAAAAAUCCAGCAUCAGAAAAGGUUCAGCUAGCUUCCGAAACAUUAAGUAUACCAUCUCGAAAAGCAGCUGGCUGGCUCGGUGAAAUCAUACAAGAAGUAGGGAGUAUUCUACACAUGACGUUCAAAGAAAAGCAACUAUCUGAAAGCAUCAGAAACAUUUAUGAUAACCAAGUUCAUCAACAAUACGGCCAAUUUCUUCCUGCUCCUCUAUUGGAUUUUCAUCGUCAGAUCAGAGCUUUUGCUUUGGUAGUCAGGAACAUUGCCGAUAAAACAACUUUUACAGGUCAAGCAGAUGAUAUAAUUAUCAAUUGGUUCCAGACCAGCGAAAUUAGUUUAGAAAAUAUGAAUCAGCCCUUCUCAUGGAUACCUCUUUUCAUCGCACUUUUGGUUUCUCACAAUGUGGUAAAUUUAAAAGCAAUUCUGCAACAGUUGGUUCUACCUUGGUUUGAACAGGCAGCUCGAGAAAUCCAGCAAAAUUACGACGCUGAGGAAAAUAGACUUUUCACAUUCUGUCAAAAUCUUAUUGAUAUUAUCCGCUUAUUAGUCGUACAAACCAGGAAUUAUACUAAUGAGGAACAACAACAACAGCAGCGGCAGCAGCAACAGGAGAUUGCAGGUACACCGAUAAUCAUGCUUUGGCAACUACGAGUCGAAGAGUUUUUUAGAUUGCAGCACUAUCGACAGUUCCAGCUUGCUUGUGAUCUCAACCAUAUCGAACCUAUGUUCGGAUUACUGGAACGGCUUGUCAUGAUUGCCACUAACCUUCCGCUUAGUUCUCGUCUUCUGCAGAGCUUAGUGAUACUGCGUGCUGAUCUUUUACAGAUUUGUUGGUUCAGACAAGCAUGUCUUCGAGAUUUAAACGGGGUCUAUCAACGAUUUGCUGCUCAUGAAGCAGAGGCAACUACCGAAAAACGCAUGAAAAAGAAAAUGUUGGCGAUUGUAGAAGAGCUUAUAGGAGAGAAUUAUAUCGCAAGCACCAAUAAUUAUGUCAAUCAUCAAAGCAAUUUAAUAGCUUCUGAAACAUCGCCUGACUUUUUAGAAAAACUGCAACGCGUGUUUAUGAAUGUGGGCCAGUGGAAUGAAGCACAGUGCCGAGUACAAAUGAAUUUACUGCUUGAUAAUAUAUCGCUAUCGGAUGGUCAGAACCAGAACCCCAACAAUCCUCAUAUUCUAAGCGAUGAAACAUCUUUAAUGGGUAUUACUAUGGAAGGAUCAGCGUCUUCAGCAACAGCACCAUCAUUCAACAAAGACCUGCAGUCGUUUGUGUACUUCUUUUAUGAUGUUGUCCUGUCUGAGGAAAGUAAUACCAUUAGCGCUGACAAUAGCAACUCUAACCCAACACUGGCAGUCUCAAGAGAGUCUAACUCAGGAGGGUCUCAACGACGUUUUCAAUUUCUCAAAAAUUUGAUACAUGAAUUGCGAGAACCGGUUUUGAACGAACUCUUAAACUAUGGAUGUCGUAUGUUAGAAGGAGAUCCGAACCAGCUGUUUCCCACAAAUAUUACACUACUGCUACAGGAAGCAACAGAAUUUUCGGAAAGCUCUCAAUUUGAUUCUGAGAAAUUUUCUUACCGUUGUAAUGCAUUCUUCAAAAUAUUUCAGCGAAUGUUAGCAGCUUCACAUAUAUGGACCAUAGAUCGAAAAAUUGAGUUUGUUAAGUCUAUAUUUGCUCAGAUAAAUCGUUAUAAGUCAGCCUCGGCCAUUUUCAUCGUGAUGCAGAAAGCAAAUGCAUGCUAUGCCGAUGCUGUAUUGGCUCUUACUAACGCUAAGAAUGACGUGGAUGUUGCUCUAACUCUACUUCUAACGGAUGGAAUAUCCGCAGCAUCUUGUGGUGAGGAGGCAACAGGCUACUCAAGACUCUCAUUGGAAGAUAUAAGAACCAGCUUAUUUAUGCGUUUGCGGUUAGUAGUCCCAUUUGCUUCCCUGAUUUGGGAGCAUCCGAGGGAAAACGAGUGUAAUAUCCUCGAAUGGAUCAGAGCCCUCAUGACACUUUUGGGUAACCCUGUGAUACAUGGCAACGGUAGUCAGGAACAAUUUUUUGAAUUUACCUUGGACUUUGUUUCACUGCUGAUUGAUGAAGUUCCUAAAGAGCUGAAAAAGGCUAGCCUACAAUUACUGAACUCUAUGCACAGUGACUUUACGUCUAUUCCUAUCAUGUUUCAUAGUCGCGUGAAACGGAUUAUGCCUUUCUUAACUCACAAUAUGUAUUUAGCCAGUACAAAACUAUCCUCUUCUAUUUUGGGCAUUGCUUCAACGAACAAUCCUCAGCAGCAGCAACAGCAUUUGGAAACCUGUUUAGAGCAAAGUAAACCAUGGGAAUGGCUCGAAGAUUACGUGGGUGAUCCCCCUCAUGAUAAUGAUGCACCUAUAAACCUUGCAUUAUUUAACGCGAAAAAGAUUAAAAAUACAGAUAGCAGUACUUACACUCGUUGGUUCAAAUAUGGAUUCAACUGUCAACAACUGCCUAAUACUGAUGAAAGAGUUGGUCAUAUUGUCACUCAGGAAACAGAAAAAAUAAAACACCAAAAGCCACCACUAUCGACAUCAUCAGUUGAGGAUGAAGUCAAUGGAGACCCUUAUGUUAAACAAGAAGAUAAUUCAUGUAAUAACUUUGAUACUACUAAUGUCACUCUUACGAACCAUGAAGACAUUAACAGCUUAACCAAAAAUGCAACGUCUGAAAUUCCGCAAAAGAGAAAGGUUGAAAUGGAGGAAGGUGAACUUCCUUAGCGCAGAAUAUCAAAUAAUUGUAUUAUUCAUUUGCUUUUGUAUUGUAUUGGUAAUCAAAUCACCAAGUUUUAAAUUGAGAUACGAAAUUUAAUAUAACAAUAAAGAGCGUAGUAUAUAUGUAUUUAAAGAGACUCAAAAUGAAAAGCAUAUGAACAAACA